AUGGUUUCCACUGUACUGAAAUCACACUUUGUUAAGCAAACGUCAUUCAGCGUAGAAUAUGCUCCAGCUCAUAUUACUAAAUGGAGAUCAGAGAGAACCGGAUUGCAGGUAACUUACAUAGAUCAGCCAUCACCAGUGGUAAAUGGUUAUUUUGCAGUGGCAACAGAAAUCCCAGAUAACUCAGGGUGUCCUCAUACUUUGGAACAUUUGAUUUUCAUGGGUUCGAAGAAAUUUCCAUAUAAAGGUUUGUUGGAUAACUUAGGUAAUAGAUUUUUCUCUUCUACCAAUGCUUGGACUUCAGUGGAUCAAACUGUGUAUACGUUGACAACUGCAGGUUGGGAAGGAUUUAAAACAUUGCUUCCUAUCUAUUUGGAUCAUUUGUUUAAUCCUACUUUAACAGAUGAAGCCUGUUUAACCGAGGUAUACCAUAUUGACGGAAGUGGAAAGGAAAAAGGUGUUGUUUUCAGUGAAAUGCAAGGAAUUGAAAGCCAAUCAUGGUUUAUCUCGUUUUUAAAAAUGCAACAAACCUUGUAUGCAAAAGAAUCAGGAUACUCAUCAGAAACUGGUGGUUUGAUGUCUGAGUUACGCCAUCUUACGAAUGAUCAAAUCAAAGAAUUUCAUAAAUCGAUGUAUAGACCAGAUAAUUUAUGUGUUGUUAUUACCGGAUCAGUCGAUGAAUCAGAAUUGUUACAUAUAAUGGAGAAGUUUGAUAAUGAAUUAUCUCCAUUACCCUCGGUACCAAAUAAGAGACCCUUUGUUGAUUCUAAGCAUGAUUUACCGUUAUCAGAAACCAUCAUUAAAGAAGUAGAGUUUCCUGAUAAAGAUGAAUCCAUGGGAGAGUUGUUAAUAGCAUGGAUUGGGCCUACAGCUGACGAAACUGUUGUCAAUGUUGCCUUAGAUAUGGUGGGAUCAUUUUUCACUGAUAGUGCUAUUUCUUUAUUUAAUAAACACUUAGUUGAAAUAGAAAAUCCGUUAGCUACUGAAAUAGAUUAUAGCACAGAUGACUAUCUUAGAACGGGAUUAAACUUUACUGUUAGCGGAAUUCCCACUGAUAAGUUGCAUGAAGUCGAUCUUAAAAUCAAAGAAUUAAUUAAAACUCAAACUGAUCCAAAUACUUUAGACUUAGAUUAUUUAAAGCAGGUGUUAAACCAACAAAAGUUAAAAUUUAUUUUUACAACUGAAAAAUCACCAAGUACCUUUUCAAAUAUUGCAAUUUCAGAAUUCAUUUAUGGCAAAACUGAUGGUUCUGAUUUGAGCAAAUGGAGUAAGGAUUUAAGAGAAUAUGAGAUUUUAGAAAGUUGGACUGCGGAGCAAUGGUGUGAAUUAAUUAAAACAUACUUUGUGGACAACAAAUCAGCAACUGUAUUGGGCAAACCUUCCGCAAAAUUAAAUGAAUUGCAAAAGCGUGAAAACAAAGAGCUCUUGAAAAAGAUUAGAGAAAAGUAUGGUAAAGAUGGGUUGAAAAAUUUAGCUGAUAACUUGGAAAAAGCUCAAAUAAAGAACGAUACACCUAUUCCUGAUUCCAUCUUAACCCAGUUUGGAAAACCUGACCCCUCUAAAAUUUCCUUUAUUAAGACAAGCUCAUAUAAAAGUGGUUCCAAUGAUAUUGAAACGGAUUAUAUCAAGGAUGACCACUUUGAUAAUUUAUUGAAAAAGGAUUGUCCUGAAAAUUUUCCUAUGUUUUUCCAUCUUGAAGACUUUAAAUCCCAAUUCACAACUAUUAACUUAGUCAUGUCUUCGACUAAAGCAGAUCCUUCAUUGUUACGUUACAUGUCAAUUUUGGAAGAAAUAUUUUCGUUUCCAAUUAAAUUACCAUCGGGAGAAUACAUUCCUUAUGAAGAAGUUAUUUCGAAGAUUAAUGAUGAUUUGAUCGAAUAUCAAUUAGACAACGGUUUUGAUAGUCAAUUCUUAGAGUUGCUUAAUGUCAAAGUCAAAUUUGAAACAAAGAAUUAUAACAAAGCAAUUGAAUGGUUAUUGUAUGUGUUAAAGUAUUCUGUAAUCGAGAAAUCUAGAAUUAAGGUUAUUAUUGAAAAAAUUAUUAAUUCUUUACCAGACAAGAAAAGGAAUGGCGAAUUGAUGAUGUACUCUUCUCAAUACAGAACAUUGUUUAAUGAUUCUUCAUUAAGAAAGGCCCAGGAUUGUCUUAAUACGGAAGAAUUCUAUAAGGAAUUACUCCAGAAGAUUAAUGACGGAAACUUUCAUGAGAUUGAACACGACUUAAAUAAGUUGAAGAACCAACUUUUUAAUUUGAGCAACUUCAAAGUAUUUGUUGUUGGUAACUCCAGUUCGUUACCUACACCAAUUUCUUCUUGGACUAAAUUUGCUAGCGAUUUUAAAGAUAGCGAUAAGUACGUAUUAGAAUCUUUUGAAAAGAUGCCUCGCUCUUUUCAAUUUAAAUCUGAUGUUGGUGUGAAAUGUUCUGAGAAAGCCUUUAUAGUUACCACACCAGCAACUGAAUCAACUCAUUUGAUUUCAUCGACCCCAAUUCCAACUGACUACAUGGAGAAAGAUAUUUUUAAAAUAGCUCUCGCAAGUGAAUUCUUGACUGCUGUUGAAGGACCUUUCUGGAGAGGUAUCCGUGGUGUAGGAUUAGCAUACGGUGCUAGUAUCCGCCGUAAUAUUGAAACUGGUUACUUGAAUUUCUCGAUCUACAGGGGUGCUGACGCAGAACAGGCAUGGUUAACAGGUAAAAAAAUUGUUGAUGAUUAUAGUAAUGGUACUUUGAAAUUUGAUACUGUUAGUAUAGAAAAUGCAGUCGCGGCAAUUGUAAAUGAGUUAGCAAAUGGUGAAUCUAAUAAUUAUGAUGCGGCUAAUUGCAAAAUCUCGGAUAAUCUUUUCAAAAGAAGAGGUCCAAACUACGGUAAUCACUUUUUGAACGAGUUAAACAAAUUAACUGCAGAGGACUUGGUGUAUGUUACAAAAAAAUACUUCCAACCUUUAUUUAAUGCUAAAAAUUCUGUUUUAUUUACCUGCUUGCCUCCUGCAAAGGCUGAAAGCUUUGAAAGGUUUUUAUCUGCUCAAGGUUAUAAGACUACAAUUGAGGAAAUAAAUGCUGAUGUGGAAAGCGACUGUGAAAGUUGUGAUGAUAGUGGAGAAGAAAGUGAAGAAGAGAGUGAAGAAGAAAGUGAAGAUGAAAGUGAAGAUGAAGAUGCUAUGGUGACUGAUAAAUAG